GGCGCCGAGCCGCCCCCAGAGAAGAAGCUGCGGACGCCCACGCUCGGCAAGUACGCCGGCACAGUGCUGGGCAGCAUCCUUGAGGGCGAUGCGUUCCCAGGCAGCCCAGUGGAGAUCCAGCCGAUGCACUACGGCGAGUUCCUGAUGCACGACGAGUCGCCGCACACGCUGAGGUUCAAUGACUUCUUUAGGUCGGGCGGGCGGCACCGCUUGUUGGAGGCAGUCGCCCUGGCUUGUCCUGGGGCGGUCGAGGGCGAUGCGAUCGUUUCGAAAUUGCCGAUGAAGCUGGCUGCCCUAGCUUCGUCCGAGGUCGGCCCGAUGAAGCUGCUCCAGAUCAGGACAGAGUACGCGAUGCUGCUGCGCAUCAAGGACAACAGGAGGCACGGCGCGAUCUCCUACUGCAUGGUCUCUGGCGAGCAGCCGAACCCUUUGCAGCUCAUCGACCGUUGCACUGGCGAGAACUGCAGGCAGUGCUUGAACAACGCGAGCGGGGCCCCCCUACGGACGAAGGCGUUCGAGCAACGCUUUCGAGGCACGUGCCUGGACAGGGCCCCCACCAACGCGAAGACUGAGCGAGGCGUUCGCGUGAUGGACGCCCCGCUCGACCAACACUUGAACCUGGACUGCAGUGCGCACGUUUCCAUGACCAUCAAGUCGCAUUUGUUUUCGGCGCUGAAGCCUACCAUCGUCGGCAUGAAACGAUGCGCAGCUUCCUUGAGGGCGUUAGGGUCCAUGAUGUAUUUCAGGAAGAUGUUUAAGAUAGUCGUGAAGCCGCUCAUCGACAUAAAGUACGGGGAGUGCCCGCCCGAUGCAACGUUGCAUCGCAUGAGGUGCAUCAGGCUUUUCUCAACGAGUCUGCAGUGCUCAGUCCCGAAGCUGGUCGCGAGGCACAUGUUCCCGAACGGCGACUGGCGCGAAAGGGCCACGAUACCAGUGCACGUGUCUGGCACCGCGGAGGACUACACCGCAGCGCAGAUCCAGGAGAGGAAGGCAUUGAUCGUGGAGGGGUUGUGCUACGCAUUUUGCAGCAGGGCCCCCGACAACUUCGCGGAGCACCACUGGACUGGCCACACCGAGUGCACGUGCGCAUUCGGGAUGCUGGAGGCGUGCAACGGCAUCCUCCGCCAUGUGUACGAGGCCUGGGCCAGCAGCAAAGGUACUAGGCGUCGCCGAGGCGCCGCUGGAGUUGACGGCGGGCCAGCCGCGGCUGCGGCGCCCGCGGGCGCAGCUGCGCCAGAGGCUGGGGCUGGUGGGCAGCUGGUUCCAUAUGUGCCGCCCGCUGCUGGGCCCGCGGAGGCUGGGCGCACCCCUGCCCAGGCGCAAGAGGAGCAGAACUCGGUUGAUCGGCAGAUCGCCCUGGACUGGAUCUUGUCAGAGCCCUCCUUCGACCUCAUGCUGAUGAGGCUGGCGCUCACAAUUCUGGCACCACUAGACCACGUCGGACUGACGAUGUCAGGCGAAGCUUGGGAGAGUGAGCAGCGCCACAAGGUAUCGCAGGCUCUCGCUGGAGGGCUCCCCAUGGCGGACGCGAUGGCCCAGAGGCAGUUUCGCAUCACGGUUGCCGCCAGGGGCGCUGCUGAGGCGAGCGCCUUGAGCAAGCUCCGCUACAUGUUCGACGAGGACGAGUUCUGGACCAUCCUCCCGCCGAAGUACCACAACGAGCGCUGCGCGUGCAAGGUGUUUAAGCUCUUCAGCCGCCUCGGCGCAUUGAUAGAGGAGCUUUGGGCAUCUGGCAAUCGCUCGGCGGACGUGGCUCUCUUUCGGCUUACACACGAGCCACAUCGCCUGGCAGAGGUUCGGGCUUGUCGGCAUCGGGACUACUGCCUGUACGGGACGUUCGGCAGGCAGUUCUUGGACUCGAACCUGGACGUUGACGAUGAGAAGGAGAUCAUUGUGCGGUUGGCGUUCGUGGCAAUGAUGGUUCGCACAUCGAUGGCUCCUGUUGAGGCUGGUUGGGCGUACGUGCGCCGAUUGUGCAAGAGACUCGGUUGCCAGACGCACCAGCAGGAGCUUGGUUAUAUAUCAGCAUGUUGGGUUAUGAGUCGGUUCCGAUCGCUCUUGGAUCACGACCUCACGUUGCAGUCGAAGUCCCAGCUGCCCGCACGCGUGAUGAGACAGCGUGACGGCGACGAAGGCGACGGCGGGGACAACGAGGAGGAGCCCUCGCUUGGCUGGUGCGGGCCAUGGAGGGCGUUCGUGGCCGAGAGCGACGUCGGCAUGUUCCGCGACUUCCACGAGCUGGGUGCCAGGUACAGGGAGAUCAAGGCUAACGACCCAGUCGCUUUCGCAGCGCUGCAGGCGUCGGGGGAGCAGGCAGCGGCAAGGCGUCGCGCUGGUGAUCAGCGGCCUUUCGGCCCUACCAAGCGUGAUCUGGACAGGGAGGCCCUCGUGAAUAGACAGGAGGCCCGAAGGAAGCAGAUGGAAGACCGACUCAGCGGGCGCCUUGAUGACGACGAUGGGGACUUCAGGGUCGACAUGGCGGAGGCGAUCGCCCAGGGCGGCGGCUCCUUCGAGGCGUCUCUGCAGGCCGCUCGGGAGGACGCGAGGUGGUUCGGCAGGUUGAAGGCUGAGGAUGAGCGGCAGAUGAAGACGGACCUCCUGAACUACAGCGUGCAGCAAUCGGGCGAGCUAGGGCGGGCAAUGUUCGGGGCUGCCCGUGAGACGGCGCCGCUGAUCGGCCAGCUUGGCACGGUGCCGUCGGCCAUGGAGGGCCUCUCGCACAUGUGCUACCAGAGCCAGGCUGCAGCGCGGGCGACGUGCGUCGCUGCCCUGGUGGCCAGCGCGCGCACCGCCGAUGGGAAGACAGCGAUGCCGCUGCUCGGGGCAGACUGGGGUCGGAAGCACAGCAUGAAGAUGCACGCUACGGCCGAACCGAUCAAGAAAGAGACGGCAGCAGAGAAACGUCAGUGGCGCUGUGCUCGGGCUGGCGUUCACCUGUGCGGCGUCGGCGGCGGUCGGACGUGGGCGUUCAGGAACUCCAUCCUGAGGUUUCUCAAAGUGAGGUGCCCCAAGGAGUCCACCAUGAGGAAGAUGCUGGUCGACGGGGGCCUCAUCAUGUGCGUGCUGAGGGUCCCAGCAGAGCCAGCAGACCACGGUGCGCCCUUGAACUUCGAGGCGGACGGGGUCGUGUGCUCCUACUUCCACUUGGCCGUCCACUACCGGAACCCGUACCGCCCGACCUUGCAGACCAUGGUCCGCCUGCGCUGGGAUGGCGAGGACGCGCACUUGAAG